AUGGAAGAUAGCGAACGAGGUGGAAGUUAGAAAAGUUGCCUAAAAUACUUUGCUACUUUGCGAGUUUUAGAGCUUCUGUAACAGUUUUGACAGCCACGAAUCACUAAGUCUUGUGGUUAUUACUGCCAAACCCUUACUUGCCGCCAAGUCCCCUGGGUGAGGACCACGAUUCCCAGAAGGCAGCGCUCCGCGCCGGCCCCUCCUCCAUCCGGGUCUUCCUAUCUCCCGGGCCGCUCGGAUUCCCGAGCCUAAUUCUAGGCUCGGCUGGGCGGGAGCCGGUGAAAGGCCGGGCCGCCGGGCGCUCUAGGCCGAGCGGUGCGCGUCUCUAUGGCCGCGGGAGGCGGUCCCGGGUGUCCUGCGGAGGCGCCGCGUCAGUUCCGCGCUGGGCUGCCGGGGAGCCAUGGCUGCCCCAAGAGAAAAUGUCAGUUUAUUAUUCAAGUUGUACUGCUUGGCAGUGAUGACCCUGGUGGCUGCAGCUUAUACCAUAGCUUUAAGAUACACAAGGACAUCAGACAAAGAACUCUACUUUUCAACCACAGCCGUCUGUAUCACAGAAGUUAUAAAGUUAUUGUUAAGUGUGGGAAUUUUAGCCAAGGAGACUGGCAGUCUGAGUAGAUUCAAGGCAUCUUUAAGAGAAAAUGUCUUGGGGAGCCCCAGGGAGCUGGUGAAGCUGAGUGUGCCCUCGUUGGUGUACGCCGUUCAGAACAACAUGGCUUUCCUGGCUCUGAGCAAUCUGGAUGCGGCAGUGUACCAGGUGACCUACCAAUUGAAGAUUCCCUGUACUGCCUUAUGUACUGUUUUAAUGUUAAACCGGACACUCAGCAGAUUACAGUGGAUUUCAGUUUUUAUGCUGUGUGGUGGAGUCACACUUGUACAGUGGAAACCAGCUCAAGCCACAAAAGUCAUGGUGGAACAGAACCCACUGUUGGGGUUUGGCGCUAUUGCCAUUGCUGUAUUGUGCUCAGGAUUUGCAGGAGUGUAUUUUGAAAAAGUUUUAAAGAGUUCAGACACCUCCCUUUGGGUGAGAAACAUUCAAAUGUAUCUGUCAGGGAUUGUUGUGACAUUAGUUGGCGUCUACUUGUCAGAUGGAGCUGAAAUUAAAGAAAAAGGAUUUUUCUAUGGUUACACGUAUUAUGUCUGGUUUGUCAUCUUUCUUGCAAGUGUUGGAGGCCUGUACACUUCUGUUGUGGUCAAGUAUACAGACAACAUCAUGAAGGGCUUCUCUGCAGCAGCAGCCAUUGUCCUUUCUACAGUUGCUUCAGUGAUGCUGUUUGGAUUACAGAUAACACUUACCUUUGCCCUGGGUACUCUUCUCGUAUGUGUGUCUAUAUAUCUCUAUGGAUUACCCAGACUAGACACUACAUCCAUCCAACAAGGGGAAACUGCUUCAAAGGAGAGAGCUGGUGGUGUGUGACGUCAGCCUCAGAAGAGAUUUCUACUAAGAUCCAGACUAUUAGCAUUAAACUAGAGCCUUAAUUCAAUCCCCGAAGGUAGUUAAAGCAAACACAGUAAGUGAACCAUGUGGCAUAAGAUUUAAGAAAAAAGCUAUCUGAGCAAAUUGCGAUCUGCUUGACUGCUCAGUGAUUUAAUGUGACCUGUUUGGGGUCAACCUGCUUUGUUUUAGAAUGAAGGAAUUUUAUCAUUGUAUAUAUAAUGUAUAUAAAAAGUAUGGAGAUGAUAAGGUAUUGAAUGUCAUAGCCUCAUGUAAUUUUUUUAAGUAACACGGUUUGGGACAAUGUUAAGGGUCAAAGUGCCAAAGCCAUUUCUGUACUAACCGUUCUCUUGUUCAGGUGCCAGGGGAGAAGGAUGCCCUUCCUUGUUCUCUAAUUCAGGGACUGUACUUGGUCCCAGCAGCAGUAAAGACCGAGCUCUUGUCUUACAAACAAGCAGGCUAGUUCACAAAAAAACUGAAUGUGUACCUUCUCAAACUGAAUCUAUUUCCUGACUCAGACAGUGGUUUCUGGGUGGUGACUAAUUACUCCUUUGAAGUGCUGCAUUUGUGCCAUUCAUUGUCUGGAUUCAUAUUUCUUUGCUGUUAGAUGAUAUACUUUUCUUCAAAAAGUAUUUCUAAUGUCACUUUUGUACUUUUUUAAAUAAAGUAUGUUUUACUGUUGGGGCUCUCAAUAAUUUGAGUUUUUAAAAAAAUUUCUAUAAUGUUAAUGGGGGAAUUCAGCAAUAAAUAUUAUUUAUUUAUAUGA